AGGAGCAGGAUGGCGGCGCUGGACAGUGACAGCGACGAGGAUCUGAUCAGCUAUGGAACGGGCCUGGAGCCUCUGGAGGAAGGUGCGGGUCCGAUGGCCGGUGGUGUCUGGAGGGCGCAGACUGAGAGUCCAGCACGAUGGACACCCUCUACCUUUGUAUCUUCAAGACAGAACAGGGCUGACAAAUCUGCUCUUGGACCUGAAGAUUUUAUGGACGAAGAGGAUCUUAGUGAAUUCGGGAUAGCACCUAAAGCAAUUGUUACCACGGAUGAUUUUGCUUCCAAAACCAAAGACAGAAUCCGGGAGAAGGCCAGGCAGCUGGCCGCUGCUGCAGCCCCUAUUCCUGGCGCCACGCUGCUUGAUGACCUCAUCACACCAGCAAAAUUGUCUGUGGGCUUUGAAUUGUUAAGAAAAAUGGGUUGGAAGGAAGGGCAAGGAGUCGGCCCUCGGGUGAAGAGAAAGGCGCGCAGACAGAAACCGGAUCCUGGUGUGAAGAUCUAUGGCUGUGCAUUGCCGCCUGGAGGCUCUGAAGAGUCUGAGGAUGAAGAUGAUGACUACCUGCCUGACAAUGUGACUUUUGCUCCUAAAGACGUCAUGCCUGUGGAUUUUACACCUAAAGAUAAUGUACAUGGGUUGGCCUACAAGGGCCUGGACCCCCACCAAGCAUUGUUUGGAAUGCCAGGAGAACACCUGAAUCUUUUUGGUGGCGCAUCUGAGGGGACCAGCCAUCUUCUUGGAGAUGUUGGACUGAGUAAAGGAAGAAAACUGGGCAUUUCUGGCCAGGCUUUUGGUGUAGGUGCCCUGGAAGAGGAAGAUGAUGACAUCUAUGCCACAGAAACUCUAUCCAAGUAUGACACUGUGCUGAAGGACGAGGAGCCUGGAGAUGGCCUCUAUGGCUGGACAGCUCCCAAACAAUACAAAAAUCAGAAAGAACCCGAGAGAGAUCUUCGAUAUGUUGGCAAAAUUUUGGAAGGAUUUUCCUUGGCUUCUAAACCUUUAUCUUCAAAGAAAAUUUACCCGCCCCCUCAGUUGCCCAGAGACUACCGACCGGUGCAUUAUUUCAGACCUGUAGUCGCCGCAACAGCCGAGAAUGCUCACGUACUUCAGGUGUUAUCGGAGUCAUCUGGGAAAGCAGGGCAGGAUGUGGGGACGCACAGUAGGCAUCAACUCAAUGCCUCCAAGCGGGGGGAGUUGCUAGGAGAGAUGCCUGUUCAAGGGUCAGCUACUUCAGUGUUGGAGUUUCUGUCUCAAAAAGACAAAGAGAGAAUUAAAGAAGUGAAGCAGGCAACUGACCUGAAAGCCGCCCAAGCCAAGGCCAGGAGUCUGGCCCAGAGUGCUUCAAGCAGCAGAGCGCAGGCGUCCACACCAGACCUGGGGCACAGCUCAUGGCACCUGGCCCUGGGCGGAGGGACAGUCACCACAAGAGCCAACAACUUCAAGCCUUUUGCCAAAGAUCCAGAAAAGCAGAGACGAUACGAAGAGUUCUUAGUACACAUGAAGAAGGGCCAGAAAGAUGCUCUGGAACGAUGCCUGGACCCCAGCAUGACCGAGUGGGAGCGAAGCCGAGAGCGGGAAGAGUUUGCCCGGGCAGCCCAGCUCUAUGUGUCCUCCAACUCCACCCUGUCCUCCAGGUUCACUCACGCCAAGGAGGAGGAAGAUUCAGAUCAGGUCGAAGUUCCUAGGGACCAAGAGAACGAUGUCAGUGACAAGCAGUCGGCUGUGAAGAUGAAGAUGUUUGGGAAGCUCACCCGAGACACGUUUGAGUGGCACCCCGACAAGCUUCUGUGCAAGAGGUUUAACGUCCCUGACCCUUAUCCAGGCUCAACUUUAGUUGGCUUACCCAGAGUGAAGAGGGAUAAAUACUCAGUGUUCAACUUCCUGACGCUCCCAGAGCCUGCCCCUCUGCCCACGGCUCCAGUACCAAGUGAAAAAGCCCCGCAGCAACGGGGUCCAGACAAAUCCAGGAAACCAUCACGAUGGGACACAUCCAAACAGGAGAAGAAAGAGGAUUCCAUUAGCGAGUUUUUAAGUCAAGCUAGAUCAAAAGUUGGACCUCCAAAACAAGAAUCCAGUGCCUUAGGAAGCAAAGAGGAACAGGCCCCAGAGCCACGCCCAGACAUGACUGUAGACAAAGCUGUGGAUGCACAGACGGAUGGGGAAGGUAGCCGCCCUUCCAUGGAUUUAUUCAAAGCCAUCUUCGCCAGUUCCUCUGAUGAAAAGUCCUCAUCUUCGGAGGAGGAACAAGAUGAUAGUGAGGACAGUCAAGAGCACACUGAGGAGGCCAGCCUUAAAGGCUCCCAGGAGGUUGCUGCUGGGGAGACCUCUGUGGUUCUUGCUGCUGAGCCGGAGCCGGAGCCGGAGCCUUGUGAGCCUGCAACCCCCUUCCCCAUCCAAAAGGUACAGAUUGACGAACGGGAAGAGUUCGGGCCUCGGCUGCCUCCUGUCUUCUGCCCCAGUGAGAAGGAAGGAAGGAAGGAAGGAAGGAAGGAAGAAAGAAAGAAAGAAAGAAAGAAAGAAAGAAAGAAAGAAAGAAAGAAAGAAAGAAAGAGGAAAGAGAAGAAAAAGAAACAUAAGAAACACAAACACAAAAGUAAGCAAAAGAAUAAGAAAUCGGAAAAAAAUAGCAGUUCUGAGAGCACAGACAGCAGUGACAGCGGGAGCGAUGCCGGAGGGCCUGCAGAGCUGUCCCCUCAGGAGCUGCUGAGAAGACUGAAGUGUCUCCCCCUAAGAAGGCAGUAAUGGAGCCCUGCCCUGGCCUGCUCAGUCUGGAGAUUUCUCCAUGAUGCACGUCCAUUGAUUUCCCAGUUCAUCAUUGUACAGAUUGUAUUUAUAUGUAAAUUCCUUCUGUAAAAUAAUUUUUUAAACCUUGACAUUUCAAAGGCUGUCCUGAAAGGUUGCAGAAAUUGAUUUCUAUUUUGAACUUCAGUCCGUGUUAGAAGGAUAAAAGACUGAACAGUUUAAUUAAAGUGGCUUUUAACAAAA